AUGGAUAAGCAAGAUGAUAGUUUCACUUUUUGCGCAUAUAGCAAGGAAUUUUCCUCUCACAAAUAUUUAGACCUUUUUCUUCUUCUGAGAUUCUGGAAAGUAAAGAUGUGGGAUUCGGAAAUAGCACUUGGGUUGAUAAAUAUUGAUGGGCAUGCUACUCCAAGCAAAAUAUUGAACUGGUUGUCAUCUAUUUUUGCUGGUAUUUUGAUGUGCAAAAUUGUUUAUGACUUAACAGGUACGAUAAGCACUUUGUUCUUCAAGGGAUAUAGCAAACUUAAUCGUAAUGAGAAGCUGGACUGGAACAACAGGGGUUUCUCCACAUUCCAUGCCAUCGUUGUAGCAGCUGGUUCUUUGUAUCUCUUACUUAGGUCACGUGUUUUUGAUAGUGCUCACAACUUCAAUAUAAACAUGACAUCGACUUUAUCGGACACCGUAAUGGGGGUUUCCAUAGGCUAUUUUAUCUCGGAUUCAGCAAUACUUCUUUAUCACUUUCCUGUUUUAGGAGGUUUGGAGUUUGUCUUACACCAUGGACUCUCUACGUAUUCAAUCAUUCUAUCACUUCUAAGUGGUCGAGCACAAAUCUAUAUACUGAUGGUUCUCUUUUCUGAAUGCACAACUCCUUUUGUUAACCUAAGAUGGUAUCUUGAUGUUGCUGGCCAGAAGAAUUCCAAGCUUUACAUCUUCAAUGGUGUGGCUUUGUUCUUUGGGUGGUUGGUUGCAAGGGUUCUUCUAUUUGUGUUCCUUUUCUACCACAUGUUUAUCCAUUUUGAUCAGGUCAAGGAAGUGUUUCCAUUGGGCUUUUACAGCUUGCUAACAAUAGCUCCUCUGUUGGCAACGAUGAACGCAUUCUGGUUUUGGAAAAUUGUCAAUGGUUUGGUAAAAACCUUGAACAAGGCUAAACACAGUCCGUAG